AAGACAAACAACUCCCUUUCGAAGUUCCCGCCUUUGAUUCUCAGGGAUUAACCUAUGCUUGUGACUAUAUAGAAUCAGAAUCGGGAAAAUUUCGCCUGAAAUUCGAAAGAUUUAGCUUGGGACUUGGGAGAUUUUCGUCUUUAUCCUAGGCAACGGACGCCUGUCAUUUCCAGAGGCCGUGAUUUUGCUUUAAGGGAAAUCUUUGGGAAAACAAACAACUCCCUUUUAAAGUUCCCGCCUUCGAUUCUCUGGGAUUGGGUCGAUUAGAAUAACGGCCGUGCCUGGUCCUUUUUCUCCUCGCCUAAUUGGUCGAUCCGUUCAUCAGUCACUUCUGUUGUGAGUUUUGCGGCUACGGUACUAAGUUGGUCUUGCGAAAAAGAUCGUUAGGCAGUCUAGUUCCGUGUUGCAAACGUUAUUUAAAGAAAGGCAAACACGAUGAAGAAAUAAUUAAGAUGACUCGAAAAACUGAAACUGCACUAGCUUGAAGAGAUUGCUUCCAAAGGAAAAAGAGAAGACUCUCACAACCCGUAGGAGGAUGCCUACAGGAGUAUGCCAGAAACACAGGAAACCCAAUCUUCCAGCCACCCAAAUGAUGCUGCUGCAACAAUUAGCACAAAGACUAGAAAGAAGCUCAAAAAUGAAACACCUGAAAAGUUAUUUUUACAACCUCCUGAGCAGAAACUCCUGGAAUGUGAAGAAAGAGCAAAGUUCUAUUCCGAUAGUCACCAUUAUAAACAGGCCCUAGAAGAGCUUAUACGUUGUGUAGCUUUGACGAGAAUUUGUUACGGAGACUGUCACUGGAAACAGGCAGAAGCACAUGUUAAUCUGGCUCAAGGAUACCUCCAGCUGAAAGGACUGUCACUACAAGCAAAGCAACAUGCAGAAAGAGCCAAGAAAAUCCUCUUCACAGACUUAGUUAUGCCUUCUCCUGAAGAAAAUGUGGACAUUCUCAAGUGCUUGGUUAACCUCUUCCACGUUCUGGGAAGAGCACUGAUUUCACUUCAGAAAUUGAAAGAUGCCGAGCAAAAUUUAACAAAAGCCAAGGGACUCGCUGCAGAACUGUUGCAUUGUGAAAGUGUCCUGCAAGAGGAAGGGAUGGAAAUUCAAGCUAGAAUCAAGUUGUCAUUUGCACAGUUGUACCAAAUUCAGAAGAAAUUUGGAGAUGCCCUACCCUACUACCAAGAAGCCCUGAAAUACAUAGAGAGCAGUAAAGGUGUAAAAUGUCGGGAAUGUAUCCCAAUAUUCAGGGAGAUGGCAGGUGCAGAACAAGCCCAAGGACAUCACGACUCAGCCAUCGAUCACCUUUUAGAGGCACAUUUCAUUGCACGGACUCAGAGUCCAUCAGCAGAGGCCGCGGACUCAGCCCACUCAAUUGCACAAGCUGCUGUGGCAUCUCCGAGACCAGAGCACAAUGAUGUGGCAGAACAAUAUUUUCAAGAGAGCUUGAUGAUUCUUAAGAAAGCCGAAGGAGAGGAAAAUGCCAAAUUCCUUGCAGUUCAAGAUGAUUUUUGCCAGUUUCUUCUAACCACUGGACAGCAUGAGAGAGCAGCCUUAAUAUUGAAAGGAUCACUGGAUGCCAAAGUAGCCACUUUUGGAGAUGUCAGUCCUGAAGUGGCAGAAACUUACUGGAUCCUUGGAGGAACUGACCUGACACAAGGACAUCAGCAUGAGGCAUACAAGGAACUUAAAAAGUGUCUUCAACUUCAGACUCUACUCUAUGGCUCUCGGGACAAAAGAACCACCACCACAAAGGAGACAGUUGACUUGCUAGCAAAAGUUCCUGAGAUCGCAGCUAAACAAUCCAGUAAAGAAAGACUGGCCAAUAGAGCAAAGCCACCAUUCUGUGCUAUUGUCCCACAACACACCCUACUUGGAGGGGCUAAGGUUAAUGUAUAAACUGAAACAUCUCACAUAUAAUACCGUAUUUGAACAUCCUGGCUUUUAAGUUUCCUUACCUAAGUAUCAUUCCAGUUGAAAGACUGACCAAAUGAACAACUUCUAAGAAGGAAUGGAUGCCACAACCAAAAUAAUGUGCUGAAUCCCAAAAUGUACUGAGUUUUGAAUGUUAAAUGAAGCCCUGUCAUCCCACUUUAGCAUAUUUUAACAUUUCUUUUGACUUUCAGUGCUCUCAGAGAAAUAAAGUAUGAGUUGAAUUACAGUG